UUGACGCAAAGUAAAAUAAAUAAAAUCUGUAUCAAAUCAAAUUUUAUUUAAUUACUUUGUUAUAUACAUACUAAGUACCUACAAUAAGAAUAUAGUUUCCUUAAGUUAUCUAAAGUUACGGAAGUUGAGAGUUUAUCACAAUCUAAUGUUUCUCUAACAAGGUUUUUGUUAAAAUGGAAGGGUUGACCCAGAAUGAGAAAACUAUUUGGUCGUGUUGGGAGGAAAAAUCAGCAAGAGAUGUGGUCCGAGAGGCGGCAAAUAAAGGCAGUCACAUAAAAUUGGCUGUUAAAUACUUGAUGCACAAGAACUCGUGGAAUGAGGACACUGCAAGAGAUUGGUUUAUGGCUGAAGUCAGAGCCUGGACAAUCCAACUUCUAUUGAGAAAACAAAUAUUUAAAGUACUUCAUGUCUUAAAUAAAGUUGGUAUAGAUCCGGCCGAACACCUCAUGAAUCUCGCACAGUCUUCACCAGAAAUUGAAUAUAGAGAUUUUAUUGUCCAACAUCUGGACAAACUAUCACUGGAUUUGAAAGGUGACACAGUAACAAGGUGGCAAGACUUCAAGAGACAUUGGAUGUUGCUCCAAUACUUAGAAAAAUCCUUUGAAAGUGAAGGCACUUUCAAGCAGAAUAAAGUCUUUGGCGCUGGUAAAAAUAGAAUUAUCGUAAAUGAAAGUGAAAUAAAGGCAUUGACUAUUGAGAAGGUACAGGCUUGUUCUCCACAGUGGAAGAGUAAAAUAGCUUCAGCUCUAUUCCUGGAUUCAUUUGAGUUCUCUCUCUUGGAUUUCUCAACACCUUUAGAAAUGUGGAAUCAUCUUGUAGAACAAAAUAAGGCUAUGAUUUUAAUCCGGUGGAUCAACUUGCAGAUGUCGGAGGUGGUGAGGGACAUGAAUGCCCGGUACAAUUUCUUUAACAACAACAGCUUCGUCAAAAAGCUACUAAAUGUCGACACCAAGGGCUUCCCAGAUGAAGUUCUUGAUACUUUAGAUGAAAUUUUUCGUAAAUGGCCCAUCACCAAUGAAAUGAUAGCAAGCAUCGCUAGCAGUAGCUGCUAUGCAUACACUAAAAUGUGUAUUUACGAUACACUGUGUUCCUAUGGCAUUGUCAAUGAUAAUGAAACUAAUGACUUGGACAAAAUCAUAGCUAGAUUAGCUCGAACUAAGAAUUUGAAACUUAUUGAUGAUAUUUUCACUGAAUCUUGCUCCAAUAUUACUAAACAACAUUUCUAUGUAGAAUUAGCUAAGUAUUGUGUAAAAAAUAAAUUGUAUAAAGUGUUGACAAUGUGUGUUGAGGGUAAUAUACUUGACACAGAUCUCUCUAAUGUCGAGCAGGAGGCGAAGGACUGUAUAAAUCUUUGGCUAUUGUUUAAAAGCAUUGAACAGACCUCAGACAGGCAGAGCCAUGUGGUGCCGGUGUAUAAGACUUGCCAGCAGAUAGCCAAAGAUGACAUUGAUAAUUACAUUUGCUCCAAUCCUCAUCUAGUCCUCGGUAUGAUCCUCCUUGAAGAUGGAGCAAACCUAUUCGACGUGUUUUCAAACGACGAAUUCAUUACAUUUAAAGACUUUAAAUUGCCAAAUAAAGGAUAUAAAGAGAAGCUUCCUCAUUUACACAAUGUUUAUAAGAAAUAUUUAGAUAUGAAUCCAUUUUACGAGUCUAAAGACGUCAACGUGUAUCAACUGCUUUCUGGUUACCGUGGUUUAGAUGUAUCGAAAAUAUUCGAAUUCCAAUUGAUAAAUCAAAAUACUUCCACCGUAGUAUGUGAUAAAGCGGACCGUCGCAGUUUGGGCAGUCUUCUAGCGAACGAUGUGCAAGUGAACGCCAGUUGCGUAAAAGCAUUGUCCCAAAAAUCUGUUGACAUGCCGGAUUUUGCGAAUGAAAAGCUGAUGAAAAGAUAUGGUUAUGUGGCAAAAUUGAGCCACAUUUACUAUUUGAAGCAGUACCGUCCAUGCAAUGCCAGUCAGGCAUUUGUUGUCCAACAGUAUCAGAUGUAUAAUCGCUUGCAAGAUAAGAGCAUAAAGAGCGCUUGUUGCGAGGGUCACGCUCUAGCUCUACAGCACUGGGAUGACCCGGCAAUGGUAGCCUGCGCCAUAUCAUUCGUGGCAAUGAUCGGUUGUAACCCUACAAGAUGCAGAGUUCAUAUGACCGCAGCAAGCAUGAUAAAACAGUACUUAAUUUAUCAGAAGGGAUAUAACCAAGACAAAACUAACAAAACAGUGAACGAUUACAUGUCCAAGCUUACACAAAGCAGCGAUGAUGCCGCAAAGGACAUUUUGGAGAACCUCGAAGAGAUAACUAUGCACACGCUGAAAAGUAAACAAAAUGCAGAUGGUGAAGUAGAAAUGUCAGUCGCGUUGUUUGAAUCCCAAACGAUGAUAAAAUUCGCAAUGCUUCACAAUCUGCCGUUGCCAGAAAAUUUACUUCGGGAAUUUGUAAAGCGCGGCUCUUGGUUCAACUUUUUAUUAUUCGGCGACGUAUUCCGAUACCCUUUGAGUCAAAUGUUGAAGCUCUCCCAGGAAUUCGAGCAGAAAUCUUACGCUGAGCAUUUGAAGUACAUCAUGAUGAAUAGGAAUGUGGAGGAAGGCUCAGAGAAGGAUUGCAAGACUAAUUCUACCAAUGGCCAAAGGAGAUUAAAUAGACUGAGUUCUUCUGAAGUGAGCCCGAGCGGCAGCGUGACAUUCGAGUUCCCGUCUCGCGGUGUGUCCCGUGAGCUGUGGGAAGUGGCGGCCGCGUGUCACGGGCCCGAGGACCCGCCCGCUGCGCUCAUCCGCUCCGCGCAUCUCUGUCGGGAGCCUCUACUCGUUCUGCUUGCUGGCUGUUAUGAGCCGAACGCGGUGUUCGUCUUAUGGGCGCAAUGGCUGCUAUCCUCACUAGCGACCCCAGCGCCGGACAGCGCUCUACUCGCAACGCAGCAAAACGUCUCCCCCGACCAGUUCCAACUGGUCGCAGAGCUGUGUCUGAGGGAAGGCUACGUUACUACACUACAUGAGGCGAUGCUCGUCUUUAUGCCGGAAAGUCCCUUAGCACUACUGACAGCGUUUCUCUGCCGCACUCUAAAGCAGCGCAUAUUCGACUGCCAGACCAGUAAGACACUAGCCAGCUUCCUCCAGCUCUGCCAGCGGCGGUACAGCGUCGACGCCAACGGCUUACCCAGCCGGCUGUCUAAGGAGGCUUAUCAGAGAAUCGCCACGGCGCUGGUGAAGAUAGCGCUUAGCCAGGGCUUUGAUAGCGCUUUUCAUCAGAGGGAGUUUCUGAAAUGUUUGGCUGUUGCGCAGUUUGGGAAGGGAUUUUCGGUGCCUUCACCAAACUUUGUCACAUUACACGAGAUCCUUCAAAUAUCCAUGGAAACGCCGACAGUCGUGGACGUCUCUAAAAUGCUGCAAGACGACUCGGGCCAGUACUUGCUCCAGUGCGUUGAGAGUUACACUGCCAGCAGAAACUACGACGUCGCUCUAAAAAUAGCCAAGCUGGCCAGUGUCCCCGUCAACGACAUUUUAAUGGCCGAAUGGGCUCACAAACACGAAAUGCUUCUAAUGAAGGAAGAUGCUGUAGACAACAAGGAAUGGACUCUCUUCAUAGCUAAAUGUAGCGAGGCUUUUAAAAAAGCAGCAGUAACGUUCAACGACGCUACAGACUUCUUUGUGUAUUACGUGAACGAAAUCAAUGAUACUGUGCAGAAGUUCUACGCAUAUAGAAUUAUCAUGAGCUGGUUCGAGGAGAACUUAGAAUACGGGCAGAAAAGAGAGCGCAUCGAGCAUUUAAUGUGGGACGCCUAUUUCAAAAGCGAUUCCCAAAACGAGGUAUUUUUAAACAGUUAUCAGAGUACUCUGCAUUUUAUAUUGAACGGGCAAAAAGAUCAGAGUUUAUCGAGGAAGAUAGGAGUCGUUGAUACGGAGAAGCCUUUUUCGAUGGAAUUGCGAGAGAUUGAAGUCGAAUCUGACGUUGGUAACAUUGAAGAUGUAGUUAUGUUGGAGGAUGUUGAAGCGGUGGAAAACUGGAGAAGGAUUAUUAAUCAACUGCUUGAGUUGAAGUUGCUUGUGGACGCGUUUCGUCUUUCCGCGUUGUUUAAAGUGCCUUCAGAGCACAUGUAUAGGAGCCCGCCGUGCCCGGUGCAGAUUAUAAGAACGUGUCUGAAGUUGGCUGAAGGCACGUGCCUGCCGUAUGAUUUGCCGCAGGAACUGAGAUUGGUUAUCUCGUCGCCGUUCUUGCAGAAUAAGUUGACCACAUCAGGCAUAUCAGACGCCAGUUUCGAAGAGCUAGUUAUCAUCCAAGAAAAACAAGAAAACGCAACCGAAGGCUGCCAACUAGCAGCCAGAGAGGAGGCCGACCGCCUCACCGCUUUAGAAGCCUUAGCUGCCCGUAGUGGCCUAUCCAUUGCCAAGCACAUAGCUGCUUACUAUCGUAUAGCGUUGCAUAUCGGCUGGCAAUAUACCGCGGUGCUGAAGUAUAGGGGAUUAUCGGUGGAUUUUAUAAAUUUGGUCAGCGGACGCACCCGAAUGUCGCUGGCGAAUCUUGUGUUCAGAACUUUCAACAUUCCAUCUAAACAGAUCGCUGAAUACCUAUGUCACGAAAUGGUAGCAGCAAUAAUCUGCCCCCACCUAGUGAAGACUUCCACAUUCCGUCAAAAGGAGCAUUUCCAAUACACGCUCUGGGGCUACGCCCUCAACUCCGACAUCGAAAUGUUCCUCAACAUGCGUCCCGACUGCUGCAGUCACGUCGGAAGACUAAUCCUCGACCAUUUGAUGGCUUUUAGAAAGAUUUACAAGUCUGGCGCAACACCGGUCCCUGAGAGUACUUUAGACGACAGUUGUUUGGACUUAGACACGCUGAUAGACGAAGAAUAUUCGAAUGUGGAAAGUGAGGAAGUAGAGUCGGCUAUAACUGAUGGAGGUACUUUAAACUCGGCUGAGACGGCGUCUGUGUAUUCCACGGUAUCGACCGUGUAUACGGUCGGAAGUAAGAUGACGAAGGAUACUAGGAGGAACUUGUUUGAUGUGAUUUCGAGGAGUAAUAUCCAUAUUCGGUAUGAAGUCAAGUCGAAUAUUAGGAAGAUUACUAAGGGCGCUAAGCUGUCGACAAAACAGGUGAACAUAAUAUCGAUCGAGCUGCUAGUGGUGGCGCAUGAGUGUUUCUCGUGCGCGUGCGACACAGAGGGCGUGGCGGUCGUGCUGCGCUCGGCGCAGGCGCUCACCGCGCAGCUGCUCGCGGCGCGCUCCUGGCGGCUCAUGGUGCGUCUGCUAACGGGCUUGGCGCGAUACACCGAGAUGGCGUACGUGUUCCAAGUGCUACGCGAUAAGCACCAGUUCGAAUUCCUACUGGGGCAGUUCGACUUCAUGCUGGGACAGCAGAAGGAGAAGAUCACGGAGUUCAAACAGGGUUUGCUAGACUACCUCAAAACCCACUGCCCCGGCGACACCGACACCUACAUAAUGGUGGCGCUCCACUUCAACAUGUACUCCGAGGCGGCCAACGUCAAACGGAAACAGGCCCUAGACCUCAUCUCAGACUUGGAGAAGUUGGCUAUAGAGUCCGCGCCGAAGGGUAGCUCGAGGAAACCCAGUCAGCCGGUGUGGGUGAUGAUACACGACAAUAAUGUCACCAGGUCGAUGCUCGAAACAGCGCUCAACCACAGCACGGACGCAGCCGAACUAUACUUGCAAGGCGGCUGCACCGGCUUCGCUGGCGAGAUGGCGGCACUAGCGCAGAACAUAGCGCUUCAGAUGUCGCUGCUCAACGCCUCGCCCACGCGACUCAUACUCAACAAGAGCACGGAGCAGAUGUAUAAACUCGUCUCCGAAUAUUUGAGUUUCAUGGAAGGCCUCGUGUUGCUGGCACAGCGAGGUGCGGCGGCGUGGCGCGAGCUGGCGUACCGCCGCGCGCUCGGCAACGACCAGGCCUACCUGCGCGACUGCGCCACCUACCGCCCCGACGUGGCGCACGACUUCCUCGCCAGAUACAAAACAGAGAGGAAUAAAAGUACCGUGUCGCAAGCAGCCAUGACAGAGCUCCGCAAUCUUCUCCGGUGAUGUGACAGUAAUGUUAUUAUAUAUUAUACUCAUAUAAUGCAUAUUAGUUGUUCAUUAAAUGUCGCAAUGGCCGUAAGUAGCAUUUACCGCCCUUCGCUCUAAGAAAUAUCAAGCAAUACCUUAUUGUAAAACAUUAACGGUUAAUGUUUUACAAUAACCCCACCUAGCCUAAGUUACCUAGGCUACCUAGGCUAGGCUUUGCCUAGGUUACCUAGGCUAAGGAUAUUUCGUAAAAUCCGCUUUCAAAAUAGUAUAAAAUUGUAGCCUACUUCACAAAAGUAAUGGACUGACACGUUAUUUAUGGAAAUUAGGUCGCUAGUUCUGACUAUUCAGAUCUAUAUACUGUGACAGCUUGGGACCCGCUUACUACCAUAAACAUACAUUACUUACUUAAAUAGAGCAUAGUUAACCCUUUACUAGGCUCAGGGAUAAUAUUUCCUAUAUAAGGCACUUCAAAUCUGUUCAAACAUGUGUUCUAUUUUUGAUCAGUUAAGACUGACAUUCCAUUAACAUUUUUGAAGUCAGCCUGGUAAAGGGUUAAUAGUCUCAAAUCGCAUUAUAGGCAAUUCUACUCACCUUCUGCUCAUGCGGUACUCAAAUUGGGGUAAUUUGACUAUAGCCACUAUAGGGUACUUCACUACUAUACUGCAAAACGUAAUUCAAGACCAAAAAAAGUGAGACAAUAUUGCCACUGCAAUAAUUUGUUUGUAGAAUAGUAAAUUGCUUUUGAUAAAUAAUCACGCUACGAUAAUUUAUUUAUUAGUAAUUUUACUCCUUCUAUUUAAAAAAGUACUCUAAUUUACUUAUUUUUACAUAAAUAAAAGACGCGCUAGUAAAAAGUGGCUACAUUUUCUUACUUUUUUUGGUCUUUAAUUACGUUUUGCAAUUUAGUCAAAUCAGUUUCUUUUUUCGAACUUUCAAAACGCUUUUGCUACUAUAGAAUUUAUAUGAAACACUAGCAUGUGAUGUCACGAUCAAAUUACCUACUCUGUAUAGUUUUAUACGGGUUUUAAAAUAUAAAUUGUGUCUAAAAAUAACUGCUGUCUACGUUUCUCUAUUAAUCUUCUUGUGCUUUAUUGUAAAACAAUUUAUUUUAAAUACAGUUAAAUACCCUAAUAUGCUGUCUUCUAAAUAACUGCGACGUGGGUAUAAAUGUCAUAAAGUCGAAUCAUAAUCUUAACUAUGGUAUAAUAAUAUACUCCGCCUGGUACUCUCUUCCCGUCUUUUCUAGGUCACCUGACUGACACAAACCUACGUCAUCAUGUGACAGCGCUAUAUGAUAAUAUACGAUAGCGCUAUAUAUAGCGGCCAUGUUAUUGUGACGUAGGCCUGUGUCACUCUGGGAAGAGAAGACCAUGUUUUUUUAGACUAUGAUCUUAACGUUUAUAUUAGCAUGCGUUAGCAUGAAGCCAUCGCGUUGGCGAGGGCAUUUUUGUGCACGACCAAUGGCGUAUCAUCGCCCACACUGUUAACUGUACAUCGGUGGAGCUUCUGCCUUUUGUAAUAAGGUCCACCGAUGUAAAUUUAGGAGUGUUGCUUGUAUAAGAUGUUACUUGUGCAUGCGUAGUGAUGUUCGCUGUAAAUAGUUUAAAAGCAUAUAUAGGAUGUCUACUGAUCUAAAUAAUAAUCGUCAUUUUUAGUCCAGUGUAGGGGGCUAUUCAUAAAUUACGUCAUUUGGACAUCGGAUGAUGGUAGUAUGACUUAGGAGGAGGGUCAUUCGAAGCAUGAUUUUUGGAUGAUUUUAGGGGGGGGGGGGUCAAAAAUCGAUGAUGUAAUUUAUGGACAGCCCCUAGGCAAAUAACAAAUUAAAAAAGAAUUGCUAUAUUAUGAGAAAAUUAAUGAAUUAUAAUGAGAAAUGAAAAUGAAUCUUAGCGCUGGUGGCCUAGCGGUAAGAGCGUGCGACUUUCAAUCCGGAGGUCGCGGGUUCAAACCCCGGCUCGUACCAAUGAGUUUUUCGGAACUUAUGUACGAAUUAUCAUUUGAUAUUUGCCAGUCGCUUUUCGGUGAAGGAAAACAUCGUGAGGAAACCGGACUAAUCCCAAUAAGGCCUAGUUUCCCCUCUGGGUUGGAAGGUCAGAUGGCAGUCGCUUUCGUAAAAACUAGUGCCUACGUCAAAUCAUGGGAUUAGUUGUCAAGCGGACCCCAGGCUCCCAUGAGCCGUGGCAAAAUGCCGGGAAAACGCGAGGAAGAAGAAGAAGAAUGAGAAAUGAAAAUGAAAUUUUGUGUGGUUCACAAAGCUGUGAUUUUUUUUAAAUCUUAUUUACUCAUUAUUAAUAUAACAUGUAUAAAAUAUAUAUCAUGGCAAUAUAAACAUACCAAAAAGUUAAAUAUUAAUAUGAUUGAAUGCUCCUUGUAAAAAUAGAGAUGUAAACACUUAUAAAUGUAUAUAUGUUAUAUUUUUAACUUUCGUGUUUUGAACACAUAUUAACUCACAUUUAUAAACGGGUCUAACGCGAAUUUUAUUCAAUUACCUUGAUUUACCGACGUUUCGACACAGGUUUCACUGGUCGUGGUCACGGCUGACUGAUGUCCCAGCAAAAUGUCAAAACAAAGAUUUGUGCAACUACACGACGAAAAGUGUAUGGAAAAGUAAAAAGUAGUAAGUUGAAUAAAAUUCGCGUUAAGUAGACCCGUCUAUAAAUGUGAGUUAAUAUGUAUAUAUGUAGAUUCAAGGAAAUUAAGUCUUUACUGUGAUAUAUUCUCGACUGAUUAUAAGAUUGUAAUAUAUUUUGUAAGAAAUCCGAAAUUGUAAUCUACUUAUAAACAUAUUAUUUUUAUAUUUAAGUGCCGUACUCAUAAAUGGCAAUACUAAUGUGACAUUAAAUGGAAUGUAGUCGAUGCUUAAA